AUGUGGAACAUGCCUUUGGACAGCCGCUAUGUCACACUAACCGGGACCAUUACUCGAGGGAAGAAAAAGGGCCAGAUGGUGGACAUCCACGUCACACUGACGGAGAAGGAGCUGCAAGAAUUGACGAAGCCAAAAGGGUCAUCAGGAGAAGUAACACCUGAAGACAGAAAGGCCUGCCAAAUGGGAGUUGACCGUGGGCCCCACGUGGUCCUUUGGACGCUGGUUUGCCUGCCUGUAGUCUUUAUCCUCUCUUUUGUUGUCUCGUUCUACUAUGGCACGAUCACCUGGUACAACAUCUUCCUCGUGUACAACGAGGAGAGGACCUUCUGGCACAAGAUCUCAUGUUGCCCCUGUCUCAUUCUCUUCUAUCCAGUGCUCAUCAUGGCCAUGGCCUCUUCCCUGGGCCUCUAUGCUGCUGUGGUCCAGCUCUCAUGGUCCUGGGGAGCAUGGUGGCAAGCUGCCCGGGACAUGGAGAAAGGCUUCUGUGGCUGGCUCUGCAGCAAGCUGGGCCUGGAGGACUGUUCUCCCUACAGCAUCGUAGAGUUGCUUGAAUCUGACAAUAUCUCAGGCACUCUCUCCAACAAGGACUCCGCCCAGGAAGUAGAAACUUCCACUGUCUAAACUUCCAAGAACUUAUUCCCUUCUGUGGUCCCAAUAGCCUAUAUAUCAUCUUCCAAUUCCAGAAGAUUUGUUCUUUACAUUAGCCCCCUACCCCUCUCAGUUCUGGAAAAUUCUAGCCCACACUCUUCUGUCCUACCAUCUUGAUGGUUCCAGGAGAGCAGGGAACAGAAAAGCAAUUUAUGCUAAAGCAAUCCA